AUGAGUAUAAACGAAGCAUUGACGGUAGCUUCAAUAUCAACUGGGAUUGGAUAUUCCACACCUGAUGAAAUCAUGGCAUUGCUAAAUAUUCCAUUCAUGUCGCCCAAUACAUAUCAAUCUUUUCAUGAAAAAGUUGGUAGUAUUAUAAGAAAAACAGCGUGGGAUGUUAUGAAGGAAGCUGCCGAGGAAGAAGCUCAAUUAGCGAGAGAUUUGGGCGAAGAUGAUAAAAAGACGAAGUUUCCCUUGAUUACCGUGGUAGCGGAUGGAGCAUGGGGAAAACGUUCAUAUAAUGUAAAUUAUGAUGCCGCAUCAGGAGCACAAGACACAAAUUUUUCAAGCAAAGUGGACUAUCUUGUUGCAGACAUGAAGAAUAUACCAUUCCAUGUUUUUGGGGAUCAUAAGAAUUGUGCAGAAAGGGGUUACUUUAAAUGCAGCAGAAAAGACUCAGAAGAAAAUUAUAUUCCCCUUAUGCAGACAUGUGGUCUCCUUCAAGAUAUCGACGUAUGCUUUAAUAGACUCGUUUUUAAUGCAGCAAGCCUUAUCCAUAAUAUGGAUAAUAAUCUUGCAGAGAGCUACAAUUCGGUGAUAUGCAAGUUUGUUGGAGGAAAAAGAAUUAACUUUAGCAAAAAAGGCUCUUAUCAGACCAGAUGCGAAGCUGCCGCAAUUUCUUUUAAUGUAGGUAGUGGAGACUUUCAUCUUGCCAUAGGCAAGGCGAUUGGUAACGCUACUCCUGAAGCCUAUACAAAAAAAUAUGCUGACAAAUUAAAAAUAAAAAGAUCAAUAAUAAAAAGAAAAAGGCUAUUUAGUGUAAAACAAACAAAUGCGCAUCUUCCUGAUAAAGAUUAUGGACCAGAUGCUACUGCCGAACCGGAUCUAACUGAAGAACAGUACCAAUUUAAAAAGAAUAUAUUUUUAAAGGAGCUCGAAAAGUCAGGAGAAGAAAUUGAAAAGCUGGAAAGGGAAACGAGAGGUCUAUCUGGCAACUCACUGUGGAAGCAGGAAAGGAGCCUCCGGCUAACCGCCUCUAAUUUUGGAACUGUCUGCAAAAUGAGGAAAACAACAAGUUGCGAAAAUAGUGUGAAGAAUCUUCUAUAUUCUAAAUUUAUGGGAAGUUCUGCAACAAGAUAUGGAACAGAAAAAGAACCGUUAGCCAUAAAAGCAUACGAAACCUACACAAAAGAAAUAGUGGAGCCUUGUGGUUUGUUUGUUGAUAAAAAACAUUGUUUUUUGGCAGCUAGUCCAGAUGGACUUAUUCAGGAGGAGGGGAUAAUUGAAGUGAAGUGUCCUUCCUCAGCGGAAAAAAUGACGCCAGAAGAGGCGAUUCAACAACAAAAAAAUUUUGCUACCCUGAAUAAUGGAAAACUUGAGGUAAAGCAAAACCACAAUUAUUUUUAUCAAAUUCAGGGACAACUACACAUAACCAAAAGGAAAUAUUGUAAUUUUCUAGUCUGGACGCCAUUGGGAUUCCUUGUACAAAAGAUAGAGAGAGAUGAUUUAUUCUGGGAAGAGAAAAUGGAACCAUUAUUGAAACAAUUUUAUUUCAAAUGUCUACUCCCAGAAAUAAUUGAUCCAAGAUUCACGAGAGGACUAAAAAUAAGAGAUGUUGCUCGGGAUGAUUGA